CAUUCCCCCAGUUUUGCAGACCUGAUGUAGGGGCAGGAAGAAUUCAAGAGAUAAAAAUUACAUUGAGACGCAGGGCUGAUUCUCUCCCCUGGCCCGCUGCACUCCAGCGUGACUCCAUGGACACCAGUAGUUACUCCUCACUUACAGCGGGGUAAGCUGGCACUGAAUCAGACCGGCAGAGUCCACCUGUCAUCACUCAGCUCCAAUACGCGGCAGAUGGCAGAGUGGGAAUGUGGAGGUGGGCAGAGGAGCUAUUCUUCUGGUGGAUUUAUGAGUAUCAGGUGCAGAGGCAGAGCGUAUGGCCGUGAGAGAGCUGCGGAAACACUGGGACGGUGCACACCAAGGGUAAUAACCCUCCCACUCCCUCGUACAUACAUCCCUGGACUUCCUCCAUCAUCAUCAUGCCAAUCUCAGCUGAUCGAGAGCCAUCCGGAUUGAUCUCCCACUAGGUCCUUAAGGCUGCACAUUCCAUCUGUGUCGUCACUGGCGAGCGAGCUUAUCGCCCCACCAAAGCUUUUGGUGCCCAUGUGAUCACUGGCUGCGUAGCCGUAUUCUUUAGUAAACAGACGUGGGCUUCCUCCCUCCUGGACCAAAUUCCGUCCUCAGCAACUCCUUGUUAGUGCAGGAAGAGCUUUGCUGGGGUGACUCCAGUGUAACCAAGGGCAGAAACUGGCCCCUUUUUCUUGCAGAGAGGAUAGUUUUUGAAUAAGGUCUAAGCUGGGGACCUGGGUUCUGUUCCCAGCUCUGGCGGGUGACCUUGGGUAAGUCAUGGCCUUGUCCUGUGCCUCAGUUUCCCCAUCGGAUAAAUCCAGGAUACUGAUACUGCACAGAGGGGCUGUGGGGCUUUUUUAGAGUUUAUAAAGCAGCUUGAGAUCCCUGGGGGGAAAGUGAGAUGAAGUGGCAUGGAGUUAGGCAGUGCCCAGUGAAACCCAAGAGGGGAUGGAAAGAGCUAAUGAGUGUUCUGCUGUUCCAGGCUGGGGUGGCAUUUGGGAUUUUGUUAAUCCCUUCAAGGGUAAUCAGUCCAGUGCCAGCGUGUCUCAAACUCUCUGCUGGCUGCCAGCACCCAGGCAAAAUGCUGGUGUGAUGGCAAGCGCAGUCCCAAUGCAAACUGCAGGCCGGGAGUGCGGUGAGUGAGUGGGCAGAGAGAUGGAGGUGUGCAGUCCUGCUACCAACCUGGCCCUGUCAUUUUAAACCUGGGUGAUUCCCCAGCCUUUGGAAUACGAGCCCUGAUGCUGUGUAGUGAGCCAAGGCCAGUCUGUGAGCCUCAGACACUUGCCAGGGAAGAGGCGCGUUUGCAGGCUGAGGCAGCUUGAAGCGCAUGUGAAUUCACUGAAGCUAACACAGGAGGGUGCAGAAGGGGACAGCUGCCCCCGCUCUGCUCCCCCUGUGGCUGGGAAGGGAGCAUUUCCCCCUCGCUGCCGCUAGGAGGCAGGGGAGCUCCACUUGCUGGCUUCCGCCUGCUUCGGGGGUGCAGCUCUCCCCGAGCAACCUGUGGCUGCAGACACGAUUCUGCCGCGGCCAGAGCUUUUCUUCUCCUCGAGCAGCAGCUCCCGCUGCUUGCCGCUACCAGCGCGGGGAAGAGGAGGGAGGGCAGCAGAGCCAAGCCAGGCAGCCUGCUUGCAUGCCGGGCAUGCACGGGGAAGCAGCGUGCGAGCUCUGAAGCGAGCCUGACACAGCGACCGGAGGCUUUGGCACUGGCUGGUCGGUUUCACCUGCCGGGCGUUGCGAUGGCAAGACGCGUUUCUACGCGAGACUUGAUUUGUGUCUAAACCAGCUGCUGCGCUGAUCAGAGCCAGGCAGAAGCCAGAACAAAGGCAGGAGCAGGGCGCCCCAAGGCACGGAGCCCCGCCAAACUCCCGCAGCGCGGAGACCAGAGAGCCCCCCGGCUCCGACCCGUCCGCCGCCGCGGAGGCUGGGCGAGCCGAUGGUUCCCAGGGACAAUCAGCCCCGCCGCUGAGAACAGACCCCGGUGCGGGGUGACCUCGCUGGGCUGGGGAUGGCCCGGAACACGUCCCUGCAUUUCAGAGUGGUGGAAGGAAGGAGCCUGCCUGCCAAGGAUGUGUCUGGCACCAGCGACCCCUACUGCAUUGUCAAAGUCGACAACGAGGUGGUAGCCAGGACCGCUACCGUGUGGAAGAACCUGAAUCCCUUCUGGGGGGAGGAGUACACCCUGCACCUGCCCAGGGGCUUCCAUAGUCUUGCCUUCUACGUUCUGGAUGAGGACACCAUUGGGCACGAUGAUGUCAUUGGCAAAAUAUCGCUCAGUAGAGAAUGGAUUUCGUCCUCCCCACGAGGGAUUGACAGCUGGAUCAACCUGACGCACGUGGACCCCAAUGAAGAGGUUCAGGGAGAGAUCUGCCUGGAUCUGAAGGUGCUAGAGGAGCCCCACAGGAGGGCCCUGCACUGCCAUGUCAUUGAAGCCAGAGACCUGGCCCCGCGGGACAUCUCCGGCACCUCAGACCCCUUUGCGCGAGUGUCCUGUGACGGCCACGCUUUGGAGACAGCUAUCAUUAAGAAGACUCGCUUCCCACACUGGGAUGAGGUGCUGGAGUUUGACCUGGAGGAGGGGGUGCCCAAGAAGGAACCCAAGGGGUCCCUUGUGAGCGUGGAGGUGUGGGACUGGGACAUGGUGGGGAAGAACGACUUCCUGGGACGGGUUGAGUUCUCUCUGGACGCUCUUCAGAGGUCCCCUGCCAAAGGCUGGUUCAGGCUCCUGCCCUUCCCCACUGCUGAGGAGGAUGCUGGAGGAAAGCUGGGGGCUCUGCGGCUGAGAGUCCGACUGGCUGAGGACAGGAUCCUGCCCUCCAUGUACUACCAGCCCCUGAUUGAGCUCCUGGUGGAAUCCAUCCUGUGCCCUGCUGAGGAGGAGGACGUCAGCCCGCUGGCCUUGCUGGAGGAGAUCAGCUCGGUGGAGAGCCGGCAGGACGUGGCCACGAAGCUGGUGAAGAUCUUCCUGGGACAGGGCCUGGCGGUGCCCUUCCUGGACUACCUCAACCUGCGGGAGGUGGCCAAGACCACUGAUCCGAACACACUCUUCCGCUCCAACUCCCUGGCCUCCAAAUCCAUGGAGCAGUUUAUGAAGGUGGUAGGGAUGCCCUAUCUCCAUGAGGUCCUGAAGCCGAUCAUAAACCGGAUCUUUGAGGAAAAGAAGUAUGUCGAGUUGGAUCCAUGUAAGAUUGAGCUGAACCGAACCAGGAGGAUUUCCUUCAAGGGCUCCCUGUCCAAGGCCCAGGUGCGGGAGAGCAGCCAGGAGCUCCUGAAGGGCUACCUGAGCGACAUCAUGGAGUCCAUCAUUGGCUCGGUGGAGAAGUGCCCCCCUAUCGUGAGGGUGGCCUUCAAGCAUCUGCACAAGCGGGUGGAGGAGCAGUUUCCAGAGGCGGAGCAUGAGGAUGUGAAGUACAUUGCCAUCAGUGGGUUCCUAUUCCUCCGCUUCUUCGCUCCUGCCAUCUUGACACCAAAGCUGUUCAACCUCCGCGACCAGCACGCCGACACCCGGACCAGCCGCACACUUUUGCUGUUGGCCAAGGCAGUGCAGAGCAUCGGCAACCUUGGCCUGCAGUUGGGGCAUGGCAAGGAGCAGUGGAUGGCUCCACUGCAUCCCUUCAUCCUUCCCAGCAUCGCCCGUGUCAAGGAUUUCCUGGACAAGCUCAUCGACGUGGACAGUGAGAGCGUGCGCAAGACCCAGCCCCGGACGCUCUUCCACCCCUCGGUCACCAUCAAGGAGGGCUACCUGCACAAGCACAAGGCCGAGGGGCUCCACCUGCUCCCGCGCUUCACCUUCAAGAAACGCUACUUCUGGCUGAGCAGCGAGACCCUCUCCUACUCCAGGUCCCCAGAGUGGCAGGUUCGCUCCUCCAUCCCCAUCCAGCAGAUCUGUGCCGUGGAGAGGGUGGACGAAAACGCCUUCCAGCAGCCACACAUGAUGCAGAUCCUAACACAGGACAACGAGGGGCAGCUGCACACCAUGUACAUCCAGUGCAAGAACGUGAACGAGUUGAACCAGUGGCUGUCAGCCAUCCGCAAGGCCAGCAUCUGCAAUGAGCUCAUGCUGCCCUCUUGCCACCGCGGUGCCUUCCGGGGCAACCGCUGGACCUGCUGCCUGCAGCCUGACCGCACAGUGCGCGGCUGCAGCCGGACUCACUCUGCCAUGACCCUGGGGGACUGGAGCGACCCCCUCGACCCAGAUGCCGAGACCCAGAUGGUGUACGGGCAGCUCUUGCUGGCGAGAGACAAGCUCAGGGAGAAGUACAUUGAGUGUUCAGAUGCGGGGCUGGUGCUGGAGCAGGAGAGGGGGCCUGGUCCCCAUGCCCAGGGAGAUCAAGGCUGUUCCUGCCAGGACCGCCAGAUGGCGGCUGCUGCCCGCCUGCUGAACGUCAUACAAGACCUGGAGCGUGCCCACAGCGCCUUCGAGCGCCGGGAGAAGGAGGAGGCAGAGAAUGACUCUCACCGCCCGUGAGAAGCCUCCUCCCCCUGCCCCACCCCAUCCCUCCCUGGCACUUCUGUUGGACCGUGCCCACCUGACGAUGGCGCGCGGGAGUGGGCCCUGGUGCUGGGAGACACCGGCUCACUUGUCACCGUGCUCUAGGCUGGGAAUGGCAAUGGCAGUGGCCACGUGGCCAACCCACAGCUCAGGCCAGAGGUGAUGGACCACAGCAAGAGAAGGCACAGACCGGAGGUGGCUGAGCUCAUCCGCUCUCCUGCCUCCUGGCGGCCUGCUGGAGUGCCCACAUCAACCAUCAGAUGGCGCUCCAGAAACCCUCCAUGAACCACACCCUGAACAGCACCAGCCAACCUCCUUGCCGUCCUUGUCCCGGUGGGGCCGAGAGCCAGGAUCCACGGCCUCUAAUGCCAGUGCCUGGGGAGGUGAGCUGUGCCCAUGCCCCAGUGCCAUCCUCCUGCAGGCUGUACCUGACCUUGCCACGCAGGGCCUUCCCGCUGAACCUCAGUCUGCGUGUGCGGCCAGCCAGUGCCUGCUGUCCUGGUGUCCCAGAGGUGCGUGGGGGUGGCAAAGAGCCUGCCCCUGGCUCCUGAAGACAGAUCACCCCCGUGCCCCGUCUGUGCGUUUCCCACCCCACAUUCCAGCCUUCGUGGCCACUGGGCGAGGGGAGGCACUUCUGUGUCUGUAACUGAUGAAGGACCUCAAGGGAGCCCCUAGCCAUGAUCCUCUGAACAAGAGCCGGGCUCUUGGGUGGAAUAGCGUGUGGGCCGGACCGCGGCCCUGCAGCACUCCUGGCUGUGCAGCAGAAAGCUGUCCAGCCUGCACGCCAACCUCCGCCAGCCCAUCUCUCUCCCCCAGUUCCACCUGCGUGGGCCCGGGGGCCAGCCACCAUGAACUCGGCUCUCCCCAGCACCUCUUGGUGGCGGAAAAUCUAAGCUCUGCCCCUGGAGUGGUUAAACUCCUCCAUCUCCCCUGGGGAUGAUGGCUUGUGCCUAGAGCGCAGAGUGCUUGGAGGAGGAACCCAGGGCCCUGCAUCUACUGGGUGCUCCUUUAAAUCACUGCCCUGACACCCCAUCCAUGUGUGCACUGUCUGGGUAUCCGCACAGCCCCACUGGGCGCCCCACAGCCUGCUCUGUGUGCACAGGGCUGAGCGUAAAACUCCUCUUUCUUGUGCCAAAGUCCUGCUCAGGAAGCAAGAGGGGGCUACCCCAGGGACGUCUCACCCAGAUCACCUGCACGUGGUGGAGAAGCCUGCAUCACGCUGAGUAACUCUGCUAAUAGGCCAGAACAGGGCAAAGAAACCAAGUUGAAGCAGGCUGGACAAACAUACAGAUCCUGGAGCAAAGUGAAGUGUGAUGUGGCCAGAGGGGGGUGAGUGUGGCUGAAAUGUGAGCUCCCGAAGCAGCCCAAAUCCUCUGGCCUGAUGAAUGUGAGACUGACAAAGUGCCUGCAGAGGGGCUGGGAGCAGAGAGCUUCCCCCUCCCCUCUCCUGGGCAAAGCUCUGACCAAGGUGGCAACUGGUCCACCCAGCUCGCUGCACCACGUGGAUAGCAAAUGGGCUGCCUGCGGCUGUGUGCACCCCCGCCUGCAUGUGCCAUUGGGAACAGAACCAGCGUGCCCCCGCUCGUGCCAAAUGGCCAGGCUGUGGUUGUCGAGGCAGGAGGCAGUCAUCUUGCAGACUGUUUGGCUCAGUGGCUAUCCCGGGCCAGGGGGGCUUUGGAGUUAAUCGAGAUCAGUGGGUCUCAUUUAUGGACCCCUCUGGAAAUCUGUUGUCUGUAUAUAUAGCUGAAUGCUGUUCAGUCAGUUUUCAGUCACAGUCUUUCGCAGACCCCUUAGACAUCGUCCAUCGACUCCUGGGGUCCACGGCCCACUGCCCUCGAUAUAUUUGCACACACACCUCUCUGUCUAUUGUGCUUCUCUCAGUAUAUGUCACACACACAAACUAUGUUAAAAGAACUGUAAUAAAGUUGCCAAAUGAAGCACCUGAACAUUAAGAAGCGCCUGAAGUAAGGAGGCCCAGGCACCCUGAAUUCAGCCUCCUGGUGUGUAUGUGUUAUGGGCCAGUCUCCCAUUCCAUGAGCACAUACAACUGGUUUCCGCAGGACCCUGCGCAGAGGAGGGGCCAUGCUCCCUGGAUGAGCAGCUGGCCAAUAUUUUCUUUGCUCCUCAUUGCUCAGUGUGUGGCUCCAGCCUUUAUUUACUGCACACCAUUCAAACCCUGCUCUAGAGACAGAAUAGUUUCUUCAUGGGCUUUUUUCUGGCACUCAUGGCUAUAGUAUCAGUGCUUCACGAGCAUUAAUUACUUUAUCUUCAGCUAAAUGGGUACUGUGCCCCCUGUUUUACAGAAGGCAAACUGAGGUGCAAAGAUAAAGUCAAAGGUCUCCACUAAUCUUAGGUGCCCAACAUGCAAGGCCUAGGACCGCAUUUUUCAGAGCACUCACUAUUAUAUCACACCUGAUAUGUGCAAAGCCCAGCGCCCAUUGACGGCAGUUGCCGCUGUGAAUGCUCAGCACUGCUGCAAAUCCAACCCAGGGUCCAUCCUCUGCUCUGAGUAAGGCAGGCAUCCUGUGGAAAACAUAGUACAUGAUUGUGUUGUACAUAAUGCAUACACAUGGAGCCAGAUUAGGGUUUCACAGGCAUCCUUAAUUCGGGCAUUUCCUAACUUUUGAGCACUUGACGUUGCAACCUUAAUGUUGUUGUAACAUAGUUUUUUGUGUGUAAUUUACUAAAUUUUUAAUAAAGCAAACUUCAAAACCAGACAUUCCCUCAUGUGACAUC